GCUGCAGUAGGCUAUGUGACAGACCUGUCUUGUCUCUUCAGCAAGUUCAAAAAUAGAAACACAGCCUGCACUCUGACUUGAUGUGAGACUUAACAACAUGACUGCGGCCUAUAACCCUUACAUGCAGUUUCAUCAUGUCCACGGAACCAACAUACAGCUCGAUCCAUCACACACUCAGGCUACCAGAGUGGAAAGCUUUGCCAACGGAAUCUGUUUCAGCAAAGAUCCACUUGAACCAGGGCAGUUAUUCUUAAUAGAAAUUGAUGAAAAAGAACGUGGCUGGUGUGGGCACAUGAGGAUUGGACUAACAGCACAAAACCCGAGCAGUUUGGCAGUGGUACCAGAAUAUUCUCUGCCUGACCUGGUGAAUCUGGGACACGGCUGGGUGUUUGCAGUGACAAGAAACCACAACAGAGUCAUAUGUGAGAAUGAUGGGACUGUCCCAUCUCUCAAGCCCUGCAAUAUUUUCGAAAAGCCCUAUCUCCAAAUUGAAAAAAUCAGGAUACCUCGAGAGAAACUGGUAGGAAGAAGCAGGCCAGGAUUUUAUAGUCAUCUACUAGAUGAUCUGUACAAAUCAAACAUCCUGCCACCAACUGCCCGUAGAAGUCGAAUUGGAGUGCUGUAUACUAUUCAAUCAGAUGGAACCAGGGAAAUGCACAUUAUUAUCAAUGGAGAAGAUAUGGGAGCCAGCGCUAAGGGAAUUCCUCCCCAAUACCCGCUCUAUGUUGUGGUGGAUGUCUUUGCUUCAACCAAGAGUGUUCGCAUUGUGCAGAUUGAGUAUGGCUUUCCUUCACUGCAGACUUUGUGUCGAAAGGUGGUUCAGAAACAUAUUAUUCACAGGCUGGCUAUUGACUGGCUCGAUCUCCCUGAACUCCUAAAGAACUUCUGCAAGUACGAGUAAGACUGCAGGGGACAACACUUGCAAAGGAGCAAGGAGCAGAGUCUCACUCAUAACAGAUUUGUGUCUCUUGCUAGGCACCUUUCUAAACCUGAACUCUGAGUUGGUCUUAAAGCGCAUAAAUGAUAAAUGCACCUGCCUCUAUCGCCAGGAGAAAAAUCCUCCAGAAAAUAAUAUCUACUAUAAAUGUGAGACUUCUUAAGUUCCUGCAUUAUUUCAGUCUGGAAGUUUCUGGAAACAGUAUCUCUGGGCUCCAAACACUACUCCAAAGAAAAAAAAAACACUGUGAUGAUUCUGGACAGAACAAUUUUGGGAAUUGAAUCUCAUCCAAGUUGCCUGCACUAUAGAGGUUUUUCAGAAAUUCUAGUGUGAUUUGUAAGGAAUUACAGUACAUCUAGACAAAAAUCAUCCUAAGAGCACAUAAUUAUGUAGAUUUGAAGGUAAUUGUCUAUAGCCUUCCACCAUUUAGAUCAGAGAAAUGCAAAAACUUUUAGUCUAUGGAAUAGUCAGUGUGGGUUUAGAAAGCUACAGAUUGGUACUAGUAGGUCUUACUAAACUGUAUGCUACCAGCUAUACUGCUUGUUCAAAAUUGCAGUUCUGCAAUAAAACCACCACAAUCCAGGCAGCACAUACACAGAGGUGAGUUCAAAAACAAAAUUCAAAAUGGUCAACUUAAAAAAAAAAAAUGUUUUCUAGAACAGGUACAAUUAAGUUUAUUGCAAAGAGUGUUAUGUACUCAUAAUGUCUCUUAUCCAUCCUCACACGGUAUGUAAUACAUUACAUUUACUUAAAAGGUGUCAUGUACUGACUGCAGUGCUUGUGAUGAAGGGUUACAUACGUUAUUCACUUAUACUAUUUUGUUAUAUAUUUUAUGUCUAUGUAAAAAGACAGCAAUGUGGAUAUGAAAUACUAAAUCUGAAGAAAGAGGUACUAUCACCCUAAGGAUGUGUCUCCAAGAUUAUUCAAUGGGGUAAGGAGUUAAAGGAAAAGAUAACUCUGCCUGAGAACUUUGGGGGGUAAUUUUAGCAGUGCAAGGACCGUGCUACUUUAUUUUAUACUUGUAUAUGAAGCAGGGAGAGAUCAACACAAAGCUCCUUUAAUGCACUUUGUUUACUGUACUUCUGAUAACAUAGGCAACAAAAGAAAGAAGCAUAAAGAAUGCCCAGUGGAGGAAAAAGGCAAGACCAGACCUCUCAGCUGUGUCUAUUUUGGAGAAACAUUCCUAUUUUCAGGUCUGAUUAACCACUGCAUAUGAUGUAUUUAUAUCUGGUGGUAUGUCUCCAUUUUAGGCUUCACAUACCCCUUCACACAAUUUUCUGAAUUCCCCCUAUUACACUGUUCCUUUGAAGCUGUCUAGCACACAGAAAACCACACUUCUUGACCAAUGUAUUAGUGGCACCAAUAAUUUAAAGAAAGAGGACAUAUCUCCUUUUUCUGAAGCAAAAAUAAAUGACCUAGUAUUUUGCAAUACAGUUCAGAUCUUAUACACUGUCUCUUUGAUAAUGUGCUUAUUUUUCCAUCACUUUUUGUCAUUCUGUUUUUAAACAUGCUUCUGACUAAAAUCCCACAUUCCUGGAAGUGGGAAGAGUUAUGUGCUAUUUGGUAUUCAAUUGUUAUGCUAAUUAGAAGUCCAGAUUUUUCUACUUUUGAAAGGCCUUUAAACUUAUUUUCCAUGUCUGCAGGUUGAGAUAUAUGGGGAAGACAAAAGAAUAAAAGUGAAAUAAAUGAUGGUAGAAACAAGGUUAAUUACACGACUGACCAUGAAAAUGAUAAGCAAAGAAGUGUUUCACAAGCCUAUUUAAAAAAUGCAGGCAGUUUUACCAAAGACCCCUUCAUCACAGAGAAUCUGACUCAUAUCCAAACUGAGUUGGUCUCUGAGCUGAUUAUUUAAGUAGGGGGUUAUAAGGACACAAACUCCUGCUCUGAAGAUUGUAGGCAUGAUGCCCCCAAAUCAUUCUGGCAAAUGGUUCAUAUAGGUACGUAUGGUAUUACUGUGUUUAAUGACUCAAUUUGUUAGCCCAUAGUAAAACCAGAAACAAAAGUUAAAACUACACUAAACAAUAAUUAUGAUGCUGUGCUGACUGAAAUCCAAUGAAAAAGCACAGUACUACCUAAUAAAUUCCAAAUAAUUCAGGGAAUUGUCAAGGUAUUUAAGAAAAAUUGUCCUGAAAGCACAUUUUGGUAUGAUGAAUACAAGCAGAAUUAUAUAGCUAUAAACAGAUUUUUAACAAGAUUAUUUGAAUAAGGUGUACAUAUAUCAAAAUAUAAGGAUAAAAUAGACAAUAACCUGAAUUUUGCUUUGUUUUCAAUAAUGAAAAAAUGUGACUUUUUAUUUGUUUGUUUGUUUACUUGCUUACUAGAGUCUCCAGCUAUGUUUUUGUCAAUUUACAGUGGAGGCCUUGGUAUAAAAGCAUCAGUAAAAAUGCAGUGAAAUUUUACACAUGUAAAGUGAAAAUGAUAUCAUAUAAAUGCAAUGUCAUGGACAAAACUGAUAACAGAUGAACAUAAAUUUCACACUUAAAAAUGCAUUUUACAAUUACUUGUUACUAGUUAAAUAAGACAGUAAUUCAGUAUGACAAAGAAAAUAAAUGCAAAAGGUUUACAUUGUGUAGUACCAAAAAAAGAAA